UUAACCAAAAAUACAACUUUCAUUGGUCUUUAAUAGCAGUCAAACACGGGGGUGGUAGUGUGAUGGUGUGUGGCUGACUUGCAAUUUUACAAUGACACAUGAAUUCUAAGCUACCGAAAACGUAAAAGGAGGACAUUCUCCAGAUCUUAACCACAAGUUACAAAAAGGUAGCUUAGAUACUUUUGAUUUUGGUCUCCACCUUACCUUGCCAAGACAAAGCAUUGAGUCAUUUCUCACAGGAGGCUGUGUGGAUUAUUAGUCUGAGUAUAAUUAUAUGCUUGAAGCUCUCUGUCAUGGAUCGCUGAAACGCUGUGGUGCGUAACCAAAAAGAAAAAAAAUUAAAAGCAGAAAUUAAAUGUUAUCUUGUGAAGUUUGGCGUGUCUGGGCUCAUAAAUCUUUCUGUUCCGUCUGUUGCCUCUCAGACAGUCAGACAGGAGGGAGAAAGGAGCAGAGGGAGAAAUCCCCAGAGACAGGCAGACGGAGGGAGAGUGGGAGGAGGAGGAGAGAGGAACAGCCAGGACCAGACGGACGUCCCCUGGCAGUUUAGUCGCCGGUCACGGGGCGGAAAAGACGGAUGAACUGACUCGAGCCGAACCGGACAAUGAAACUACCACAAGUCCCGCAUUUUCGACUCGAUUCCGCGGCGGACAGAUGAGCGACAGACACGUUCGCAGAAAAAUAUAGGUUUGAGAGGAAGAGGAGGAGAGACCAGAGGAGGAGGAGGAGAGAACCGAGGCGAGGGGAGGACGGGCGGACCGCAGAGGAAGGAGAGGAGGCUGGGGAGAAGCGAGCAAACAGGAGACUGAGAGGGGCCGAGGUGACGUUGCUUUCGGUCUCCUUCUCCCCGAGCUGAGCCCCGCGCGCGCGCCUCCCGUGGAGCGUUCAUGUCUGCUUUCGGGGGCCCGUAAAUGUUGAACUUGAUGGGUGUUUUAAACGCCACCGCCGCCAAUGUCUCCUGUACUUGUAACUGCAAGCGCCUCACCUCCCAGCAGAGCAUGGAAAUCACCCAGCUGGAGUUUGUCCAGAUCUUGGUGAUCGUGGUUGUCAUGAUGGUGAUGGUAGUGGUCAUCACCUGUCUGCUGAACCACUACCGCUUAUCAGCACGCUCCAUCCUUUCCAGACACGCCCCCACACGCAGGAGACACCUGCCAUUGGCCAACGAGGGAAACAUGUGGUCCUCUGAGAGUCCAGCAACAAACAGUGGCCUGAGUGAGCACCAGGUGUAUAACUCCAGACCGCCGGACCGGGGCGCCCCAUCGUACCUGCAGCGAGACCCGCAGCACAACCAGUCCCAGCCUUCUCUUCAGUCCCAGCGCUUCCAUCACACCUACGCGCCCACUCGGUUCCAGCCCACCUACCCCUACCUGCCCCAGAGCCUCAUCGAUCUGCCCCCAACCAUCUCCCUCUCAGACGGCGAGGAGCCGCCCCCGUACCAGGGGCCCUGCACCCUGCAGCUCAGAGACCCCGAACAGCAGAUGGAGCUAAACCGCGAGUCGGUCCGAGCGCCCCCCAACCGAACAGUGUUUGAUUCCCACCCGUUGGACCCAUCCAACGCCUGUCUGCAAGCCAGUCUGCAGGCCCCGCCCCCAAGCGUCCAUUCCGGCAUCAGUGUGUUAGAGGCCCAGGAGGCCUUGUCCCGGCAGCAUAAACAGGGUUCGCGGGGUGAAGGCGCUCCUCCCACUUACAGCGAGGUGAUCGGGAACUACUACCAGCAGACCUCGCUGGCGUCCACCCACAGCCACCGGACUGUGUCGUCCUCACAAGCACCUCCGUCCUCGCUCAUACACGGCCUCCUCCGGCCCCCUCCUCAACCCCAAGGAAGCACGGACAACAGGAAUACAAGGAAUGCAAAGGAGAAAUCCCAGAAGCCUCAGCAGGUGUGACUAUUCAGCGUUGCCAUUUUUUUUCCCAGCAACCCGGCCUCCUUCAGCUCGCCACGCUGGUAAUCAUCAGUGGGAAAGGAGGCAAAAAUGGUGGAAAGACUGGAUUUGGAGCUCCAGCUCACUGGUUUAUCUUUGGUCAACACCUUUAAGCCUGAUCGCUCCGGCAGAGCACCGUCCCGGGACAUCUGCUUUCCCAGCCUUCCUGAAUGAGGAGCACUUGGGACGUCAGAAAAGAGGGAAACAAGAAGGCCGAUGAAGACAAAACUCAUCCCUCCUAAACAGUCAUUCUAAAUAUUUCCUUGUUCCGUUUGUUUCUAUAGAACUCUUGUUUGUCACUUUCACUCUCUCCUAUGAAACCUUUUUAAUCGUCUUGGUUCCUCAAGGAUUGGUUUUCCUGUGAUAAUCCUCUCGCUGCUUGGAGUCCUUCAGAUCCUCAUUCACCUUCUCAGCUUCUGCAUUCAGCUUCAGCUUGAUCUUCAGGACAAGCCGGCGCUCUGCACUGCUCCAGUAAGAGUGUAGAUGUAGUUAGCGUUGUCUAAAGUUAGACGAGCAGUUGUAGCGUGGCGGUGAUCCGUCCUGGAGCUAAAAGCUCUGCCUUACAUUGACCAGCUGAUGCAGAAGGUGUCACUUAAUUUUUUUUUUUAAUUAUUUCUAAAGAGGGUUUGCACAAAGAGAAGGUUAAGAUAAAAAAGAAGGUGGAGAAAGGAGGAGUUUUAUUUUUUUUUAUUUGUUGUUUUAGUUGAGAAAAAGACACAAACAUCAGUAAUCUAUUGGGGUGCCACAUUUUUGGAUUGAACAUUUUGCAACAUACAUGUUGGAAUGUGUGCGUAUGGAGUGCAUACACACGCAUGUAUGCAAACUGAGAGCGGAAAGCACGAAUUUAGAGUUAUUUAUAUAAUUGCUGAAAAGAAUUGCACUAUUUUUUUAGUAUGCGCAGAUGGAACUCUUCCGAGAGACUUUUAUUGUGAAGGAGCUCUGGUCAUUGAGG